AUGAGUUCUUCACUAACUCUAAUUUGUAUUCAAACACAUUUAACUCAAUAUCAUUAUCAAUCUUAUUCUAUUUUAAAAAAACAUUUAUUAAAACGUAUUUAUCAAACUCUUCCAUCAUCAUCAGUUCAUCAACGUGCUCUACAACCAACUCUUGUAGUAUUUCCAGAAUGUAUUGGUUCAUGGUUUUAUUUAAUGCAUGUUCCAAUGCCACAUUUCUUAAAAAAUUUCUUUUUCAAUUUUAUUCCUGGUAAAAGUUUAAUUCGUCAACAUUUAUUUAGUAAACAUACUCUAUUUAUUAUCUAUACAUUAAUUAUUAAUUUAUAUUCAUUUUGUAAACAAUUGUGGCACAAUUAUUCUCAAAAUCGUACAUGGUCUGGUCUAUUUACACGAUCAUUUUUUCGUCUAUUUUCAAGAAAAACAUGUGAAACAUAUUUAAAAUUAUUUUCAGAAUUAGCUAAAGAAACAAAUUGUACAAUUGUAGCUGGAUCAUUAUAUACAGAACGAUUAGAAUUAAUAUUAAAUCAAAAUAAACAUUAUAAUAUUCAUUAUACUUCAGAAGGUUUAUAUAAUAUGUCAUGUGUAUUUGAACCAAUAAAUGGAAAUGUAUGUCUUAUUCAAGGUAAACAAUAUCCCGUUGCUGAUGAAAUAAAAUUUAUUGAUCGUUAUCUACCAUCAUCAUCUAUUUAUUCUAUUCCUUAUACAAAUAUUAAUAUUGGUAUCAUUAUUUGUGCUGAUAGUUGGUUUCCACAAUUUUAUGAAAAAUUUAUUGAUUUUAAUAAUAAUCAAAAAAAAUUUUUAUUUAUUAUUGUUGCAUUAAAUAUGAUUGAUAAAAAUAAAAAUGAAUGGAUUUAUCCUUGGUCAGGUUAUUCAUAUUUUUCUACACCAAAUGAUGUUAAUAUAAAACAUAUUCAAAAUUUAACAUUAGAACAAGCGUGGUAUACAUAUGCAAUUAAACGAGCUUAUAAUCAUUUAGAUAAAUAUUUUAAAAAUGAUUUUGGUGUAUGUUGUUGUCAUGGUAUAAUGUCAAUUAUGAAUGAUUUACAAGCGAAUGGAGCGAGUACAAUACUUUUAAAGAAAAAUGUUCAAAUGAUUCAAGAAGCUAAAACAUAUAAAAAUUAUACAAUAUUAACAUGUGAUAUUUAG